CUUCGACUGCAACCCACUUCCCGAUCUUCGACAACUCCGCGCACACCGUCCCUGACAAGGCAGCGACAUUGCCUUCGCAGCCACCUCGAGAGGCACCCAUCGCCAUCCCACUCCUGACCCGACCGUCGAUACCCUCCCUCGUCACCGCUCCCUAGAUACCGCAGCUGCCGCGUGAGAUACCAUGGCGGAUUCCAACGCCCCCAAGCCGAGCAGCAGCGUCAAGCUCGUGCUCCUAGGCGAAGCUGCAGUGGGAAAGUCAUCUUUGGUUCUCCGGUUCGUCAACAAUGACUUUCAGGAGAACAAGGAGCCCACUAUCGGUGCGGCCUUUUUAACCCAGAAGUGCAACCUUCCCACACGGACGAUCAAGUUCGAGAUCUGGGAUACGGCCGGCCAAGAGCGAUUCGCCUCCCUCGCCCCCAUGUAUUACCGCAACGCCCAGGCAGCUCUCGUCGUCUACGAUCUCACUAAGCCCACCUCGCUCAUCAAGGCGAAACACUGGGUCGCCGAGCUGCAACGGCAAGCAUCGCCGGGCAUCGUCAUUGCCCUCGUCGGCAACAAGCUGGACCUGGCAGGAGAGUCAGCGGCCGCUGAUGGAGACGACGCUGACGACGGCGAGGCAUCCGGCGAUGCUCGUAAAGUGUCAACCGAGGAAGCGCAGGCCUACGCCGAGGAAGAGAGCCUUCUCUUCUUCGAGACUAGCGCCAAGACGGGCCACAACGUCUCCGAAGUAUUCACAGCGAUCGCAAACGCGAUUCCGGAGACGUCGCUGAAAUCUGCAAGGGGUGCUGCUGCAUCGGGGGCCGGCAGCAACCGUGCGGGAGAGGAGCAAAGGGUCAACCUGGGCAACCCAAGAGAGGCGGGCGCCAAGGAUGGCUGCGCAUGCUAAGAGGGAUGAGUGCUGUUGUCUGUCGCCUGCGGCUUCGGCACGAUCCCGGGCUGUGCUUCCUGUUCCUGGUCCUGUUGGCUGCUUGAGUGUGUCUGGUUCCGAGGCGUGCAAUUCGGGAGUCAAUAUUGCGUUUCUGGGAGUCAUUGCACUUUUUCUCCUCGUCGUUCUACCUCCUUGAUACGCUUAUUCUUAGAAAUGAAGGCAGUUUCAAGCUGAGACGGGACUGUGCCAUCGUUGCGCCGCGACGGACGAGCUUCGAGCACGCCACAUGGAAGCGACGUGGCGGCCAUUUCCCGCCUUUUCGGUGCUUCAACUAGUAAUUUCUCACCUUAAUUCCCAAUUAUUCACAUGA